GCGCCGCGCUCGUCCGCGGAGGAGGCGGCCCGGCCCUGGCAGCUGCGGCUCGGGGUCCGUCGAGGGGAGGCCGAGCCUGCCAAGCUGGCGCCCAGCGGGGUCAUCGUGCCCGGCGCCCGCGGCGGCGGCGCGCUGGCGCAGGCUGCCGGGCCGGGCCUCCUGGCCCUGCUGCUCGCGGUCUCCGCCCCUCUCCGGCUGCAGGCGGAGGAGCUGGGUGAUGGCUGUGGACACCUAGUGACUUAUCAGGAUAGUGGCACAAUGACAUCUAAGAAUUAUCCUGGGACCUACCCCAAUCACACUGUUUGCGAAAAGACAAUUACAGUACCAAAGGGGAAAAGACUGAUUCUGAGGUUGGGAGAUUUGGAUAUCGAAUCCCAGACCUGUGCUUCUGACUAUCUUCUCUUCACCAGCUCUUCAGAUCAAUAUGGUCCAUACUGUGGAAGUAUGACUGUUCCCAAAGAACUCUUGUUGAACACAAGUGAAGUAACCGUCCGCUUUGAGAGUGGAUCCCACAUUUCUGGCCGGGGUUUUUUGCUGACCUAUGCAAGCAGCGACCAUCCAGAUUUAAUAACGUGUUUGGAACGAGCUAGCCAUUAUUUGAAGACAGAAUACAGCAAAUUCUGCCCAGCUGGUUGUAGAGACGUAGCAGGAGACAUUUCUGGGAAUAUGGUAGAUGGAUAUAGAGAUACCUCUUUAUUGUGCAAAGCUGCCAUCCAUGCAGGAAUAAUUGCUGAUGAACUGGGUGGCCAGAUCAGUGUGCUUCAGCGCAAAGGGAUCAGUCGAUAUGAAGGGAUUCUGGCCAAUGGUGUGCUUUCAAGGGAUGGUUCCCUGUCAGACAAGCGAUUUCUGUUUACCUCCAAUGGUUGCAGCAGAUCCUUGAGUUUGGAACCUGACGGGCAAAUCAGAGCUUCUUCCUCAUGGCAGUCAGUCAAUGAGAGUGGAGACCAAGUUCACUGGUCUCCUGGCCAAGCUCGACUUCAGGACCAAGGCCCAUCAUGGGCUUCGGGUGACAGUAGCAACAACCACAAAUCACGAGAGUGGCUGGAGAUCGAUUUGGGGGAGAAAAAGAAAAUAACAGGAAUUAGGACCACAGGAUCUACACAGUCGAACUUCAACUUUUAUGUUAAGAGUUUUGUGAUGAACUUCAAAAACAAUAAUUCUAAGUGGAAGACCUAUAAAGGAAUUGUGAAUAAUGAAGAAAAGGUGUUUCAGGGUAACUCUAACUUUCGGGACCCAGUGCAAAACAAUUUCAUCCCUCCCAUCGUGGCCAGAUAUGUGCGGGUUGUCCCCCAGACAUGGCACCAGAGGAUAGCCUUGAAGGUGGAGCUCAUUGGUUGCCAGAUUACACAAGGUAAUGAUUCAUUGGUGUGGCGCAAGACAAGUCAAAGCACCAGUGUUUCAACUAAGAAAGAAGAUGAGACAAUCACAAGGCCCGUCCCCUCGGAAGAAACAUCCACAGGAAUAAACAUUACAACGGUGGCUAUUCCAUUGGUGCUCCUUGUUGUCCUGGUGUUUGCUGGAAUGGGGAUCUUUGCAGCCUUUAGAAAGAAGAAGAAGAAAGGAAGUCCAUAUGGAUCAGCAGAGGCUCAGAAAACAGACUGUUGGAAGCAGAUUAAAUAUCCCUUUGCCAGACAUCAGUCAGCUGAGUUUACCAUCAGCUAUGAUAAUGAGAAGGAGAUGACACAAAAGUUAGAUCUCAUCACAAGUGAUAUGGCAGAUUACCAGCAGCCCCUCAUGCUUGGCACCGGGACAGUCACGAGGAAGGGCUCCACCUUCCGGCCCAUGGACACGGACGCCGAGGAGGCAGGGGUGAGCACCGACGCUGGCGGCCACUAUGACUGCCCACAGCGGGCCGGCCGCCACGAGUACGCGCUGCCCCUGGCACCCCCGGAGCCCGAGUACGCCACGCCCAUCGUGGAGCGGCACCUGCUGCGCGCCCACACGUUCUCCGCGCAGAGCGGCUACCGCGUCCCGGGGCCCCAGCCCGGCCACAAACACUCCCUCUCCUCGGGCGGCUUCUCCCCCGUAGCGGGUGUGGGCGCCCAGAACGGAGACUAUCAAAGGCCACACAGCGCACAGCCUGCGGACAGGGGCUACGACCGGCCCAAAGCUGCCAGCGCCUUCACCACCGAAAGCGGGCACCCUGACUCUCAGAAGCCCCCAACGCAUCCCGGGACGAGUGACAGCUAUUCUGCCCCCAGAGACUGCCUCACACCCCUCAACCAGACGGCCAUGACUGCCCUUUUGUGAACACAAUGUGAAAGAAGCCUGCUGUGGUACUGAGCGUCGGGCUGUCGCAAGGCACUGGAAGAAGGGAGCCUGUUGGUCCAGAGUGUGUGUGUAUCGGUGUGUGUGUACACUUGCGUGUGUGUAUGUGUGAUCCAGUAGGAUCCUAGAGACAACCUGUCAUACUGUUUACAAAAUUGUGCAGCUGGUUUCGUGCUGACCCUUAGGGUGCGUCUAUUGGGUUUCGUUGAGCUAGAAAAAUGAAAAUUUUCAGAUGGCGUUUUCAUUCCUCUGACUGUGAUAUUGAGCUGCUUUGGUGUUAAAGGUGUAAUCUGUACAGAGUUGUAUUUAACAAUAAUAAAAGUAAUAAGUUUGCUCUAUCAGAUUUUAGUUCUGCACAGACGUUAAGUGGGAAAAUGCAGCUGUUGCAAAACGUAUAUAAAUAGUAGGUUCAUUUUUUUCAGUAUAUUAUCUGAUACUGUGUUAGCAGCAGGUCUGCUUCAACCUAAUCUUGUUGUUAUUGAGUCAUUUCCUCUCCUUUGAUAACUAGAACUAAAAGCAUUUUUAACAUUCUUCUCCUGGAAGAAAUGAAUUACUUGACGCAUGAAAAGCACACCAGGGUGGUUGUUUAUUUAGCAAUUAUGACUGUAGAUUUAGAAACAAGCAAAGAAACAACACCUCAGCAGCUGCCCGUUUCCUUAGUCUCCACUUCAGAGGAGGAUUCGGAGAGGUUGGCCCAGCUCCCGUGACCAUGAAGGUGGCACAGGAAUUACAGUGUGAAUGGCUGUGUCAGAUGUUUUCGUACCUCAGAUUAAAAAUAUUGCUGAAGUCAGAUGCCACACUUUUCAUGACUUUCUUCAGAAGUAGCACAUUUUCGUGACUUCCAUUGUCCUCUGAAAAACAAAGUUAUUUGGAACAUGUUCAUACAAAAGUGACUCUGACCAAGUCUAAAUCGAGCUUCUCUACUGAGAUGAAACUGUUGGAAACUGAUCUCAUUUUAUAAGAAAUGAUUUCCCCCUCAAGGAGGUGUCCGUAAUUCCAGAACAGUCCAGACCUCAGCUGUACCUCAUGUUCAGUAGUUUUUAUUUGGGUUUUUUUUGUGAGUUAACUAUGGGAGAUUUUACCUCUUUUGCCAAAGAGGAAAGUGUGUGUGUGUUUUUUUAAUAGAAAAUAUGGACCAAAAAUUUUUUUCCCUGAAGAAUGUAUUAUAACCCUAUUUGUAUGGUUAUUACAUCCUGUGAAAUGUAUAUAUGUUAAAAUAAUGGGGGGUGCUGGAAGGUCAUGGCAGACUAGCUGCUGGUUAGUGUGGAGGGGAAAUGGUUUACUUUGUGGAGUUUACAUGGUUUUAUGUGCACACUAAUUGUAAUAAACUAUGCCAAACCAAA